UACCAUAUAUUGUGCAAUAAGGACACACGUUUCGAAAUGAUGUGAGGAAAAUACUUGACAAAACAACAUCUCAGUAUGGUAUGAGUAUGGCGUGGAUAUCAACAACAGCAACAACAACAACAACAACGGCAGCAGCACUAGUGUUAUCUGCCAUUACUACACUGAUAUCGGCAGAAACAACGCUCGGAAUAAAGGCGACAACGACGACGACGACAACGACGACGACACAACCUGGGUGUGGAGGUUACGUACGAGUAUACUAUUCCACGUUUGUUACGUCGUUCUACGGCCGCAAUACUCUGACGUCGCCGGGCUACAACGAACCAGGGUACUACGGAAAUAACCUGCACUGUACCUGGCACCUACGAGCACCUAUCGACAGCGUGGUUAUGAUCCAAGCGCUGAAUGUGUCCAUGGGUCCCUGCCGAUAUGACAAUGUUACGAUAAUCGACGGGAAGUCCGCGGAGAAUCCUGUGAUGGGCACGUGGUGCACGACGCCAUUUCGAUACUACACGAGCAGCACACGGCACAUGUUGGUUGUGUUGAGAACGACGGUUAACGAACGACGGCACCGCGGGUUCGUAAUAAGAGCUAAGUAUCUUGAUCUGCACCAUCGCGUCAUCGUACCAGGAUCAUCGUCCCACAACGUCCUCGUCAUAGCUACGGUGGCCGUCCUAGCUUUCUGGUGCUUCGUUGUCCUCUGCUGUCACCUCAAAUUUAACCGCACCAAACAACCACGUUUAGAACCUCGCGCGACCACAUCAUCCACCAACAGCAACUACGCCGGCAACACGCCAACGACAACAGCAGGUAGGUCAGCCGCAGCGGCUACGCCAGCCACAGCAACUGAAGUAGCCACGCCAGCCUUAAUGUUACAGCCGCCCGCCUACGAAGACAUCAUUGAGAAUCGCCCUCCUGAUUAUAGAGAGGCAACAAAAUUAUAUUCAAGAUCUGGUGCAACCACAUCAUCCGCCAACGACGACGACGUCAUUACACCAACGACAACAACAGUUAGGUCGGCCACAAUGGCCACGUCAGCCACAGUAGCCAAGUCAGCCUUAAUAUCACAGCCUCCCGCCUACGAAGACUUAGUUAAGACUCGGCCUGUACAGACGUUUUCCAAAGAGGACGAACCGCCCCCUGGUUAUAGGGUGGCAAUAGAGUUAUAUUCCAUGUGCACCGUGCACAACCCACCAUGACUGUAUGUUGUACGCUUUGAAUCCCUCACAUGACAGGGAGCACCACCGUUAUAGGCUUACGGGCUCCCAUUAUUGUAAGGAGGGGGGAUGCUGGGUUUUGCUCGAAUUAAGCGAACAUGCCAUAAUCUGGAUAAUAACAGUUUUUUUCAAAUUAACAUUACUGCAAAAUAGCUAUAUAUAGUAUAUAUAAUAUAAUAUAAUAUAA